AUGAUAGUCGCUCACGCUCCAAAAACUUAUUUUGGUUCAGAUAUACAAAAAUCAUUGGGUUCUCUUCCUGGAUUUCCAUGGGCGAAAUAUCCCGGAGAAAAACAUCUUCCCGGUCAUUACUACACCGGUCCAGUAACUAAUUUAAAGUCUCCGGAAAAUGAUAAUGACGCUGUUCACAAGAAAUAUUUACGGGAAGAAAUAAAUUCAAUUGAAGUAAAUAAAAACCAUUUAGAAGAUAAAAUAAGUAAUGUGAAAAGAUUCUUCAAACGUCAACUAAAUAAUAAAAAUUUUGUUAAUGAAACUAAACUACAACAAGAGGUAUCAGGUUUAAUAAGUUUUAUUCAAGAACAAUUGGUCGACGUAGCGAAUAAAACUGAGUUACAAAAUUUAAUUUCAUUAAUAUCUAAAUUAGAGGAUAAGAUUGCAAAACAAAAAUUAGACAUUCAACAAUUAAUAGAUAACAUUCCAGAUGAAAAUGAAAACACGUUUCAACAGGAAUUAAAUGCACUGGAAAUUAAACUUAACAGUGAAUUACAAAAAGAACUAAGAAAUAUUAAACAACAAAUACAAAACAUAGAUAAUAGCGAAAUCAAAACCUAUAUUCAACAACAAAUACAAAAUAUUGAUGAUAGUGUUAUUCAACAACAGAUAACCACUAUUAAUAACCUAGUUUUGAAACAGGAUAAAAAUAUAGUCGCAUUAGAAAAAAAGUAUCUCAUUUGGAAAUUUGAGUUCUGA